AAUAUAAUAGCGUAUUUUUCAAAAAUGCGCUAAAAAUAGUGCAAUACUGUUGGUUGAGUUCUUUUUCGCCCAUGUGUUGACAUGUGAUAGAGAAUAAAGAACUCGUUUGAAAUUGGUUCACAAACUAAUGACGCAGGCGGUAGGCCUCACCUUUGUAGAAUUCAGCUGUAGCAUUUGAUAUGACACCUGACUACCUACUUAUGACAAUGUUCAAUUUUUACAAAAAGGCAUUAAAAUUGUUUUACCUACCGCCCCCCGACGGCCAAGACCUGAGUGUAUCAUUUUUAACAAAAACAUAAAGACCUGAGACCUUCAUUACUGCAUUGUGUAUUUGCUACUGUACGUAACGUCUGUCCGUUCGCCCGUCUUCUCGGAUGUGCCAGCACACAAAUUUCCAAAAAGUCCAAAUCUUUUGCCUGCACUUGGCUUUUACAGCUUCCACUUUAUUAGUCAAUUGGUGCGUCAAGUCGUGGCCGAAACUCGAAAUCAAAACGAGUUAACCCAAUUAAAAAAGCGUAUGGAUCAAGUGACUUUAAAUAAAUAGGUAUUCUAAAUUUACUUCAGAUAUAUUAUUCUCUUUACGUAAUCAUACACAGGGAUAUUAUGUAUUCAUGCUGUUUACAUGUUUCAGUUUCCAUUAUCUUUGACUAGCGCGCGAGCUUUAAUUUCUCUUACGAUCAUUUACAUACAAUACAAAGCAUGCAAAAUAAUUAUUCCACAACAAGGUUGUACGAAGUGUUGCUACGCGGUGUGCUAUGGAACGAAUUAAAAAAAAUCAACUGGAUGAACCAGCGCGCCUCGCCGAAGGAGGCUUACAGACCGACAGAAGUCGAGCACAUCGCCAAUGUGAUCACGCACGGUAUUUGGAUCGCUCCAAGUAUUUGGGCAACACUUGAACUGCUCUACCGCUCGCAUAACGGUGCUCAAUUUUUUUCAGGUUUAGUCUAUGGUGCGGCGUUAAUUUUCCUCUUCUGCGUGUCGACAUGUUUCCACUGCGUUUUCUAUCGUCAUAAGCACGGGCACUUGAAGGAUGUGCUGCAUCGUUGCGACCGCGCCAUGAUUUACAUUUUCAUAGCCGGCUCGUACUUUCCCUGGUUGACUCUCCAGUCGUUACCUUCCAAUUGCUGGGCUUCCUCCAUGAAGUGGCUGGUGUGGCUUUUGGCGGCUCUCGGGAUCGUUUACCAGCAAGUGUUCCACGAAAAGUACAAAAUGUUGGAGACGAUCUGUUACGUGAUUAUGGGAAUAUUUCCAUUUCCCUUCAUUGUUCAGCACGACUUUCACGGUAAGACCGAGUUAAAAAUUGGUGGGAUGGUUUACGCUCUCGGUGUGAUAUUUUUUAAGAUGGAUGGCUCAAUUCCGUGUGCUCACGCUAUAUGGCACCUAUUCGUCGUAAUGGCUGCCGCUGUUCACUAUUACGCUAUACUUAACUAUUUAUAUCCCGAAGUACCUAUCCUCGACUCUUCCUAUUUAACCGACAGUUAAUAGAUGCCAAUCUGUAAGUAGUUCAAUUUUUAAACAAUAAUCGACUCGUCGAAUGUAAAGCAUUCUCCCCACAAAUUUUGGACCAAAGCAAAUUAUUACUAGUAUAAAAUUUUUUUAAUUGAAAAGUCGGGUCGUGGCCCGACUCUGUUAUUUUGCUGAAGUGAAAAUGAAAAAAAAUUCAUUUCUAUUACCCUCGCAAAAAGAUGUAGUAAUAUACCCCGAGCCGUGGCUGUAGCAGGGUUGUGAGCAGAAUGAUCUGGUUAUUUAUUUAAUGCAAAAAUGAUAUUAUUUUUGAUAUACCUUCGUUAUUUUACAACGAAUACUUGCUCACUCAUGGUAUCCAAGAUGGCCGAAAUGUGACAAUUUUUUACUUCACUUGCAGAAAUACGACUGGAAAUGUCAUGUAACAUUUUGCAGUGUUGUCAUAUUUUCCACAAAUCAUACUGAAUCUAUACCAAAAUGUCUCUUUCACAUCUAGAACGGUACUGUGAUACUGAGGGUCCCUGGUUUAAAUCCAGGUUUGGGCACGGAUGUUUGUAAAUGUAUAGUAGGUUAGGGGAGCUGAGGAAAUGUAUAGAAAAUGUUUUAUUGUAUUUUACAUGAAAUUCAAUUCUUCUAACAGAUUUUAAAGAGAAACAAGCUGUGAUAUAUAUAUAUAUAUAUAUAGAAAUACCUAUUCAUUCAAUUCAACAGAAUUUUCUGGUGUAGGUACUCACUGCUGACAACACCAUCUCCAUUACAUUUUUUUUACUUAAAGAUUGUAGGGUUACGAAGAGUACUGUACUUAAAGUAUAAACCCUAUAUUGUGGCCAUGUUUUUUUCUAACUUACCCCUUGUAUAAAUCAAGACAUAUGGUAAUUAUAUAAAAAAACCUUAUAGCCAUAGUAGGAUUUUCCUGAUGGUCGAAGUCGUCGGCGGAUAUCGAGACUAUGAUAGAGCCGACUUUAUUUUGUAUACCCAAAAUAAGAAGAUACUGAAGAAGGUAGGUUUCGUUUAUAUAUUGACGUCUUAGUUUUAUUCAGAGCACAUGCAGGAUAUUCCUUAGUUUGUCAAGAAGUGAGCUCAGUUCUCGCAUCCAAAACCUGCAAAUAAUCACAAUAAAACAUUCCAAGCCACAGAGUUUGGUAUAUUAAUUGACUAAUGCCUGAAGGGUCUUGUUGUACUCGUAAUAUGCUUCUAUAGCAGGACGGUACUUAACGGCCAACCUCUCCAGAAGGAAGCGGUGGGCUCCAACAACAUUCACAUUGACAUGUCGCAAUGCAGGCGUGAAAUUAAUCCCAAGGUUUAUUGUGGUUUAAAAUGACUUUCUUAUUUUAAUUUAUUUAUUUAUUGCCCUACAGGUUUAUCGCCCAAUUACAGGACAAAGUAGCAAUAGUAAAGUAUUGUACAGUGUAAUCUAUACUUAAACAAAAAAAGAAAAAAGUUCCAAAUUAAUAAAAUAGAUCCUAACAUACAUAAAGAAAAAAAAAAAAAUUAAUAUGUUGGCAUUACAAACAGGACCGAUGACGUGCUCGUAAACUAAGGAAAAAUCCUACAGUUGUCGUGUAUACGGGAAUAUUCUCACUUAAACUGACAAUACAUUUUCAAUAGAAAGAACCCAAAAUUCUUUCUGAAUGAUUUCAAUACAAUUUUGCUCCAUUCGCCUAAUUUACAAAAAUGGAAUCCUCUAGGAAUUUUUCUGAUUAUUUACUUUCAAUAAAAUUUAAUUUUAAAUUUCUUGAGCCGAUUGUUAUUUAAUUACAAAUCAAAAGGUUCACGUUACCUGAAUUACACCGUUUUCUAGAAUCGAUGGUUUCUUUAUGGUACUGGUAGUAUGCCUUCCUAGAAAUGACGUUGUUUUUACAACUACCUCUUCGCACGUCAGUGAUCGGGUAAUGAACUUUGUAUUUAUAUCGUCUGCUAUCAAACAGCUUUCCACUUUCGCAAUGUAAGUUAUUGUUAGCGCCUCGUCAAAAUACCUUCAGUCUCCAUGCGCAAAAUUGAACUUCGCGCACUUGUUAUAUAAAUAACUAUUGUUACACCAUACUCUUUAGCGGCAAUCAUCAACGGCUCAUACCCACGGACCAACCCAUCAACUGUGUGGGAUCCGGAUCUUUUCAUGAAGCAUAAUGAAUUACGCAAUUCUAAAAUAUUGACUGCCUUUUUCAGUAUAGGUACUCUCACUAUCAUUUCUUCCAUUAGAUUCUAUUGUUUUAUUUCUUGGCAUAGACUCUCAUGGGCUGGUUUAGUAGGUGUCUCAAGAAUGUGGUGGUGCUUUUUAGUUUGGAUCAGAUGAAACUAUAGGGCGACUAAGUUUGCAAUAAAGUUCUUGUUUUUGUGUUGAGGCAAGUUAGGCAAAUCCACUGUUCAUUUUGCUUGUAGUUCUGCGACUGCUAGAUUUUUUUUUGCAUGCCCCACGUUGGGAGCCAAAAUAUAAAGCAAGCAGGUACCUACUAUUUGUUUGGAGAUUGCGAAAAAUGUACUUUCUGUGACGAAUUUUCUGUCUUACAUGUUCAUAUUCUGCUGAAAUACGUUUCUUAGUAUAAACAAUUAAUUUAUUAUUAAAUGAUAGGUUAGGUUUUAUCACUGACCUAAUUUUUUUUUAUCACGCUUAGUCUUCAUUCUUGGCAGUUACCAGAGUACCAUUUAGCCUGUAGGUAAUUUAUAGAUACAUGCAGCUAUUUAUGCAUGAAAUAUAAUUUCAAAGUAAUUUAUUCCAAUAAACUGGAUCUUUGCAUGUCUAGUUAGCAAAGGUAAAAAAUGGUUUAGUAGUUUGUGUCAAGGAUGAGAAAGUCUCGACAACAAUUAAAAUUUCUCGCAAAUGAAGUGAACGUUCUGAUCUUGGAUACCAAGUACUGCUAUGAUCUCAAAACUAUUUUUUAAAGUUAUUUUUGUAAGAAAAUCACACCUGGCCUGUUUGCAGUGUUGUUUUUUUUUUGUCGAAAAAGGUCAGGUUUGUUUUUUGCGCAUGCGCUAUCCUUCUAUUAUUAAACCUAGCAAUGUAGAAACUAUUUUGUAAGUAGUUGAUGUAUUUAUUAUGCUCUUCCUAAAUGUUUAGACACAACUGUGAUUUGAUAUGCAACGUGUUUGCCCAACUGUUGAUAGUACUACGGUCAGAACCAAACAGCCACAGAUUUAUCUUUCUCUAAGUUUCUAAGCAGAAAACUGGGUGAACUCAAAGGCUUGGAGAAAGGCAGAUAUCUACUCAAUGCUUUAGUGUGGAAUUGCAAUUGAUCUUUGUACACUUUAGAACUUCUAUUCAUGUUUGGUUUUGACUAUACCCUUGGGUCUUUCAACUGCCCAGUUUUACCAAAAGUUUUAAAUCUACUAUUUAGAGCAGCUCUCUUGUAGUACACAGUAACCUAGCUAACAUUGAUACCACUACAGAGUUAUUGUGUGUCACGUUUUUUCUACUCGCGUGAAUUUUCCUAAUAUUUAGUAAUCUCACAAUGAUUGUACAAAAUACUCCUAGAAACUUAUUUAUUUUUAGACAAAUGUAUUCCACUUGGUGCGGGGGAAGCAUUUUGAGUUUUUCCUGUUUGUAAAUUUUUACAGAAAUGCUCUCCUCUUCCUAACCGAUUCAAGUAUUGUGUACAAGUCUGAUAUUAUGUAGUUCUUCCACACACUUUUAAAUUUGAGAGAUAAGAAUAUCGUGUACUAUUUUAAAACUAAUUAGAUGUGAAUAUUUGUAAAUUACCUUAAGUUAGAUUUAGACGUGUAAAGGCUUGUGUUUGAAUAAAAGACAUUUAAAGUAUAGUAGCCAUGUAUGAGAUGAUCUUUGAAAUAAACCGUAAAUCGUUUGGAAGUUU